AAUUUUAUUUUGUGAUUUCGUGUAGUCUUCGAGUCUUCCGAGCGUUUUGCUUAAAUUAACUUAUUUAUUGAUUUCUCACUACAAGUCAAAGACAAAGGACUAAAGUUAAUUAUAAAAUGUUGCCGUAGCGAAAGCCAAAUUAAGGGCGAAUGCAAAACAAGUUUGGUUUUUUUUUGUUGGCAAGUGGCUGAUGUACAGGGUGACCCUGUGGGUUGCAUUUUUGUGGGUGGCUGUGUAAGAGAAUUUUGUUGUUAAACAAAAUGGGUCAUAAUUACAAGCACAUAAAUGUGCGACGCCAUCGCAAUGUUGGUGCCACGACAACCACGGCAAAGCCAACAAUGACAGAUUAUUUGUCAAUGCACUCACGACUCACCCAAGUGGGGCAGGAGCAUUUACUUAAGUUUUGGCAUGAACUAACAACGGACGAACGCGCCGAUCUGGUGCGCGACAUCGAGGAGUUGAAUCUGGAUGAAAUCAAACAGUAUUUCGACCGAGCCACCAUCUCAAUGAACGAGAAUGGUAUUAAAUUGGACAACCGUUUGCAGCCCAUUCCCGAGGGAAAGUUAAUAUCCAUUGCUCGAACAUCUGGCGAGAAACUAAAUGCUUAUCGGGAUGAAGGAUUGCAGCAGAUUAGCAAUGGACAUGUCGCUGUGCUGCUAAUGGCAGGCGGACAAGGCACCCGACUUGGCUUCGAUCAUCCCAAGGGUAUGUACGAUGUGGGCUUACAGUCACGGAAAACUCUUUUCCGCAUCCAGGCUGAGCGUAUAUUAAAGCUGGAAGAAUUGGCUCAGGAUGCAACUGGGAAACGUGGCCAUAUCACAUGGUACAUAAUGACAUCAGAGCAUACAGUUCAGCCGACUUACGAAUAUUUCUUGGCCAACAACUUCUUUGGACUGAAAUCAGAAAAUGUCUUGCUUUUUGAGCAGGGCUCAUUACCAUGUUUUGAAUACGACGGCCGCAUCAUUUUGGACGAGCGACAUCGUGUGGCUCGAGCUCCGGAUGGCAACGGGGGUAUAUACAGGGCCAUGAAGCGGCAAGGAAUUUUGGAUGAUAUGCAGAAACGCGGCGUUCUAUAUUUGCAUGCCCAUAGCGUGGAUAAUAUUCUUAUCAAAGUGGCUGACCCCGUAUUUAUUGGCUAUUGUGUACAGGAGAAGGCCGAUUGUGCUGCGAAAGUGGUAGAGAAGGCAGCCCCAAACGAGGCUGUGGGCGUUGUCGCUAUUGUUGAUGGAAAAUACCAAGUGGUGGAGUACUCUGAAAUCUCGGCAAAAACUGCAGAGAUGCGUAACUCCGAUGGACGACUAACCUUUAGUGCCGGCAACAUUUGCAAUCACUUUUUUAGUGCACAUUUUCUGCAGAAGAUUGGGAGCUCCUUUGAACAAGAGUUAAAACUGCAUGUUGCCAAAAAGAAGAUUCCGUUUGUUGACAAUGCCGGAAAGCGUCUCACUCCAGAUAAGCCAAAUGGCAUUAAAAUUGAGAAAUUCGUCUUUGAUGUGUUUGAGUUUGCAGAAAAGUUUGUGGCUAUGGAAGUGCCACGCGACGAAGAGUUUAGUGCUCUGAAGAAUGCUGAUGUGGCAGGCAAAGAUUGCCCAAAGACGGCCCGGGCAGAUUUGUAUCGGCUGCACAAGAAAUACAUUGAAGAUGCUGGCGGAUUUGUUCAUGGUGAAGUCUGUGAGAUUUCACCAUUCAUCACAUAUGCCGGAGAGAAUCUCGCCUCGCAGGUCGAAGGAAAAUCCUUUACAAGUCCUGUUUAUCUGAGGGACACGCGGGAUCCUCUACACGGACAUCUCUGAUUGCAAUAUAAGAUUCUUCUUUGAUUCCUCAAUAAUUAAUUAGGGUUUAAAAAGCCCACGAUAAUUCGGCAGUACUUAAAUCAAAUUUGUAAAAUGUUUUUAAAUUUCUAAUUUGGUUUUGUUUUGUUGUUUUUGGUAAAUAAUUGUGCAAUCGUUAUGUUAAUAUAUAUAAUAUAUACAUAAUUUUAAAUACGUUGUAAAUUUAUAAAUUUCAUAUCUGUAGUUAUAGACUAAA